CUUGUAUGUUCCUUUCUGCAGUUGAUCAAAGAGCGCUUCUGUGACAGCACCUCGUUGUCUUGAGUAAAAUUUGAUUGGCGCGUGAACCUCAGGGAAGUCCCGCUUUUAAGCACACUUCUUCCACGCAACACUUUCUCUAUACCCGCUGUCCCCAAUUCAUUUCAAAUCGACUUGAGGAAUGAGAGAAGAUCCAGAAACCUAUGACACCGCUAUUCGAGCAACCAAUGACGAUGCUACGAUAAGCAGACUAUCGGCCGUUCGAUUAGGUUACUUUUCAGAUCCUUUUGUCCAUUAUUUUGUUCGACGCCCCAUCACACGUUCUCCCAUUAUUAACCGAGGAUCCUAUAUUCGCAACUUUGCCCUCAACAGUUUAUUGCAACAGUUUAUUGGCAUACCAACCGAUAAGAAGAAGCAGAUUGUUUCUCUGGGUGCAGGUUUUGAUACUCGAUAUUUUAUGCUCCAGUCUGGACAACUCGGAGGAAAUGACCGCGUUACGGGCCAGCUACACCGCUAUUUUGAAGUGGAUUUUCCAGAGAUUGCUAUGAAAAAAGCCAUGACCAUCAAGCGCCAUGCUGAACUGAACAAAUGGCUUGGCGACCGCGUCAUAGUGGAGAAGGGAGGCAUGGAACUCAAGGGGGACGAUUACAGCUUGAUUGGCGGCGAUCUUCGUGAAUGGCAUAAUAUCGUGCAGCGACUUUUAUAUCACGGCUUUGAUAUGAAUGCCAUGACUUUGUUCGUCUCGGAAUGUGUAUUUAUCUAUUUAUCACCCACCGAUUCUACGACGAUUUUGCAAUGGAUCACCGACCAUAUUGAGGACGCCAUGUUUACCUUGUACGAGCAAAUCCAUCCAUCUGACGCGUUUGGCCAAAUGAUGAUCCGUAACUUGCAAUAUCGGAACAUUGAACUCAAAGGUAUCCAUGCCUACCCGGAUCUAUCGGAUCAGGAGAAACGGUUCAAAGCGCUGAACUGGGAUGGCGCCAAAGCCGUCGACAUCAACACGAUUCAUGACAAAUGCUUGGACAAUAAGGAAAAAGGCCGGAUGGCUCGAUUAGAGAUCUUGGAUGAAUUAGAAGAAUGGCAUCUGUUAUCAGCUCACUACUGCGUUGCAUGGGCUUACAAAUCCGGCUCCACUAAAGAAGCAUUUGCAGCGAUCGACCUUUUGCCCCACUGAAACUCUCUCCCCACAUAAAAAAUAUAUACAUAUUGUAACUAUACUUAUUGCAACUGUGUCUACGAGUGAGCAUCUUAUUAUUUAUCUUUAUCCUUUUCAUCUGGUGAAGGAGUCGUGCGACUACUACCCUUCAUCCCUGCAUGGGUAUAGAUGAGGGUACCAAAAAUGACGAGUGCCGUGCCGAUUUUCGCUCCGAUGCCGAACUCAUUAUCGAAAACGACAAUUGAGAUUAACAGGGACGUGAAUUUACGUAGGUUGAGGACGAGAUUCAGAGUCAACGAGGUUGCUACGGCGGUCAUUCGGUUAACACCUGCAAUACAAACGUAUUGUGUCAAGACGUUCAACAACAA